AUUGCUUGCUGCUCAGGCGCACGACAGCAACUCCGUUCCGGCACGACAAACAUUCGAGGACAGGAAAGUCCAAACAUUGCCGGUUUCGGUGUUCCUCAGCAGCCAAAAUGCCCGUUUUAAAAGCUCCUUCGGGGAAUCCGGACGCCCCUCAACAGCACAAGCAACCGUCCAGGAAAGGCAAGAAGGCCUGGCGCAAAAAUGUCGAUAUUUCCGAGGUGCAACAGGGUCUCGAGGAGCUCAACGACCAGAUAAUCAAGGGGGGUGUCAUCGCUGAGAAGGACUCGUCGGAACUCUUUACCAUCGAUGUGGAAGGCGACCCAGAGCUUCCGAAACGGUUCCCGAAGCACAUCAAAAAGGGGCUGAAGGCGGACGAAAUCAUCGCGCAGCGGUCGGCAAUACCAGCCGUGCCAAUGCGCAAGCGGUCGGGCGACAAGACCACAGACGGCAUUGUUCCCGUUAAGAGGCAACGGACUACCUAUGUCACACACAAAGAGCUUGCACGGAUCAAGAAGGUUGCCGAUGGACACCACGAGUCGACGGUCACGGUCGAAGAUGCAACUUACGACCCCUGGGCGCAGCCGGAAGAAGAGCCAAAGAAAGAGGAUCAGCUCUUUUUACCCAAGGUCGAAAAGAUAAAGAAGCCGAAGACGUUGGAGCAACGGCCCAUCUCGCUGGCGGCUAGCGGCAAGCCAGUUCCAGCGGUACCGAAACCCAAGGGAGGGCACAGUUACAAUCCCACCUUCACCGAUUAUCAGGAGCGGCUGAUCGAGGAGAGCGAGAAGGCCGUGGAGGCAGAGCGUAAGCGGCUGGAGGCUCUCGAGGCCGAGCGCAUCAAGAUGGAGGCGGCGGCGCGGUCAGCGGCAGAGGCAGAAGCAGCGGAGGCGCGGGCUGAGCUCUCAGAGUGGGAGGAUGACUCUUCUUGGGAAGGGUUCGAGAGCGCGGCUGAGGAGGCGGUCGUCAAGGCCAAGAAGCCACGGCGCAAGACACAAGCCGAGAGGAACAGGAUCAAGCGGCGCAAGGAGGAGGAGCGGAGACUGAAACACGAAGCGGCGAUGAAGCGGAAGAGGGCCCAAGAAGACCGCAUCAAGCAGAUUGUGCGCGAGGUGGAGGAGAAGGAGCGCCAGAGGGCGCUGGAGAAGAUCGAGAUGAGCGACCCCAGCGAAGAGGAGACGGACGACGUUGAGCUGCGGCGGAAGAAACUGGGCAAGAUCAAGCUCCCGGAGAAAGACUUGGAGCUGGUGUUGCCCGACGAGCUGCAAGAUUCUCUUCGGUUGCUCAAGCCUGAGGGCAACCUGCUGAAGGACCGGUACCGCAGCAUGCUGAUCAGGGGAAAGGUGGAGGCGCGGAGGAAGAUUCCGUUCAGGAAGCAGGCCAAGACCAAGGUCACAGAGAAGUGGACGUACAAGGAUUUCUCCAUCUGAGGUGGUUUGCAUGGGCAGAAGCGAGAAAAUAUAUGUCUUCUUCUUUGGCCGUUGUUGCCACUGGCAUAUGCACCUGUUAGUUCUUCCACCUUCUCAUAACUAACGGACUGGCGCACCAGCAUCUCAUGGCGGUUUCAGAGCCGUAUAGCUGGUGUCCGUCGUUCAACAUCAGUACUCUCUCUUCAAAGAGGUGCUGUCAGGGGCAGAGUGAUGCCGUCUCCGAAAUAAUUAGGUAGCAGUCGUUCCGGGUACCCUUUAUCUCAGUCGACUUCAAAACGAAGUAAUUUUUACCUUUGCGUUCCCUUGGUGGCGCUCCUCGUCGUGCCAUUCUGGG